AUGCGCACCAUCUCUAGCGAAUUUGAAGAGGUCUCCGACGCUGUCGAUGCAGUUAACAUCCUUAAGGGCAAGGCUCCUGCUGUCUGGGACAACAAGUCCGAGUUUGACGAAAACAUGGACAAGACGCGAUUCCGCCAAUACGAGGACGCGUGUGAUCGAGUCAAGACGUUCUACAAGGAGCAACACGAAAAACAGACUAUGGAAUUUAACAUCCAGGUGCGCGCUACCUUCCGCAAGAACGUCCGGGCGAGAAUGGGCGUCUGGGAGGCUAUCGAGAUGCUUGACACGCUCGUCGAUGAAUCGGACCCUGAUACCGAACUUUCGCAAAUAACACACCUCCUUCAAACAGCCGAGUCCAUUCGGCGGGACGGAAAGCCCGAGUGGAUGCAAGUGACUGGGCUGGUGCACGAUCUCGGGAAACUGCUUUUUCUUUUUGGUUCCGAGGGACAGUGGGAUGUUGUCGGGGAUACGUUUGUCGUGGGGUGCCGGUUCUCUGAUAAGAUCAUUUAUCCGGAUACUUUUGCCAACAACCCGGACUCGACGGACCCCGUUUAUUCAACAGAAUACGGCGUCUACGAGCCUCACUGCGGAUUGGAAAAUGUCAUGCUAUCAUGGGGACAUGAUGAGUACCUAUACAACGUUCUCAAAAACCAGUCAUCCCUCCCGAAGGAAGGUCUUGCCAUGAUCCGGUAUCACAGCUUCUACCCAUGGCAUCGCGAAAAUGCCUACACGCACCUCACCAAUGAAGAAGACGAAAACCUGCUCGUCGCCGUCCGAGCAUUCAAUCCGUAUGAUCUGUACAGCAAAAGCAACGAAGUCAUUGACGUCGAAAAGCUCAAGCCGUACUAUAAAGGCUUGAUUGAAAAGUUCUUUCCUCCGGUUUUGGAAUGGUGA